CACAGGACAACAAAAAUCAGCAGAAUUUAUAUAUUUAUUUUUUGCUUCAAAAACUGAGAUUAAAGCCAUUUCUUAACUUGAGAAAACAAAAUUCUUUCCUGGCAACAUCCAUGUUUUGGGAGAAUUUAAAAAGUGUUUAAGACAAAAUUAAGAGUGGAUUUCUGAGACCAGCAAAACUUUGUUACAAAGGACCACAACGAGGAUUUUCUAAAACCCAGGAGCCAGGAGACCUUUAAAUCUGUAUCAGUAUGAGCAGCGGUGCGACCACCUCGGCGCCUCCUCCUCAGCCUCAGGCCUUCAAACGGGCUGUGAAGAAAAUCAAAUGUGCGGCGAUGGUGGCCAGCCUGGCCAAGAGCUGGCAGGGCUGGGCCAGCGAGCAUGCCGACAAACAGGACACCAUCCCCAGUGGCUGGAUGCCCUCAUCUGUCACCGACGCAGAUGACAAAGAGCGCCACCAUGCGGUCAAAGUCACCGUCACCCCUCGUGUCGCUGCAGAUCCCAGCAACUCCAGUAAGAUCCGGACCUGCUCCAUAACCAAGACUGUCCAACCCAAACGGAGUGAGUGCAGCAGCAGCGACGUGGUCAACGCCAUCCGGGGCAAGAUGGAGGCAGCGCCCGAGAACACCAAACCCUUUCUGGGGAAUGAGUCGCCGACACGACGGCGCCACAUGAGGGCGCUACAGAGCAGCGGAGGAGGGGGUGGAGUCAUCCAGGACAGGAAGCAGAUGCUUCAGGAGAAGAAGUCGGAGUCGAGGUGCAGCAGCGUGGACACCGAGGACAGCGGGCUCGGAGAAGACGAAACCAAUGCAGAGUUAAAGGUCGAGCAGAACGACACGUUUCCCAUGAAGAAAGCCAACAGGCCCAAGAUUAAGAUCGCCUCGAUGGGUGACAUCAAAAGCCGUUGGCAGCAGUGGUCAGACCAGCACAUGGAAGGUCAGAAGCUGAACCCCUUCAGUGAGGAGUUCGACUACGAUUAUGCCAUGUCCCAGCGCCUCCGCAAGGGCGAUGACGGCUACGGUCGACCCAAAGACGGAUCCAAGACGGCCCAGAGGGGCGACCGGGCCCAGAAACACAUCCACAGGGAGAUGGAGGAGAUGGUGUGGAUCAUCAGAGACAUGGGCUUCAAGGACAAACAGGGCCGGACCAUCAUCUCCUUCGGCCGCCUCUUCGACCGCUACGUGAAGAUCUCCGAUAAGGUGGUGGGCAUCCUGCUGCGCUGCCGCAAACACAAGAUGUUAGACUUUGAAGGGGAGAUGCUGUGGCAAGGAAGGGAUGAUGAUGUCAUCAUUACACUCAGGGACUGA